GAAGGCGGGGUGAGGUGGGAUGAGAAGCGAAGGGAGUUCAGUUAAGCAAGGGAGUUAACUCUCAAUGCUUCCUCUAUUUCCACACAACCUAGGUGGCUGUUAUCAGCUAAUGUUGUGGCGAUCCACUGGUAUUUCUGUCUAUAAAGAUCGAAAAGUCGGUCGAAUAUUAUUUUGACCAGGACCGACUUCUUUAUUUUCCAAGCCUUUAAUAUUUUCAUCCUAGGAUUAUGUAUUGCAACUGUGAUUCUAUACUGCGAUAACAUUCUAAUUGAAAGACUCCAUCCAACAAAAUGUCCAAAUCUGCGGAGUCUGUGAAGGUUGUUGUGAGGUGUCGCCCCAUUAAUGACAAAGAAAUCUCUGAUGGCCAUGAAAGAGUUGUUGACAUGUACCCCAACAGGGGAGUCAUUGAAAUCAGAAACCCAAAAUCUGUUCCUGGGGAUGUGCAUCGGACAUUCACAUUUGAUUCUGUCUAUGACUGGACUUCUAAGCAACGGGAUCUUUAUGAGGAAACAUUUCGUCCUCUUGUACAAUCUGUACUUGAAGGUUUUAAUGGAACAAUAUUUGCUUACGGUCAAACUGGCACUGGAAAGACAUUUACUAUGCAAGGUGUUAAAAACGACCCAGAUAUGCGUGGUGUUAUUCCAAAUUCUUUUGAGCAUAUUUUUCAACACAUUUCACGUUCUGAAAACCAACAGUAUUUAGUGAGAGCUUCAUAUCUCGAAAUAUAUCAGGAAGAAAUUCGAGAUUUACUGUCCAAAGAUCAGUCCAAGCGACUUGAACUAAAAGAACGACCUGAUACUGGUGUGUACGUCAAGGAUUUGUCUUCGUUUGUAACCAAAAGUGCAAAGGAAAUUGAACAUGUGAUGAAUGUUGGUAACCAGAAUCGUGCUGUUGGCGCGACAAACAUGAAUGAGCACAGUUCCCGGUCACAUGCCAUUUUUAUUAUCACUAUAGAAUGCAGUGAGAUGGGUGUUGAUGGUGAGAAUCAUAUUCGUGUUGGUAAACUGAAUCUGGUCGACUUAGCUGGUAGUGAGCGACAAACUAAAACUGGUUCUACGGGAGAACGUUUAAAAGAAGCUACAAAAAUCAAUCUGUCUUUGUCUGCACUUGGUAAUGUUAUAUCAGCUCUCGUUGAUGGCAAAAGCUCCCAUAUUCCAUACCGAGAUUCCAAGCUGACACGACUUUUACAAGAUUCUCUGGGAGGAAAUGCUCGCACUGUCAUGGUUGCAAAUAUUGGCCCAGCCAGCUAUAAUUACGAUGAAUCCAUUACAACACUGAGAUAUGCAAACAGGGCCAAAAACAUCAAGAACAAACCGAAGAUUAAUGAGGAUCCUAAAGAUGCUUUGUUACGUGAAUUCCAAGAGGAAAUUGCAAGGUUAAAAGCCCACCUAGCUGCACGAGGAACUCAUGGCAAAAAGAAGUCCAAAAAACGACUGGACAGUGGCGAGGUAAUGACAGAUGACGAGGAGGAAGAGGAAGUAGAAGGUGACAACAAUGUGGAUGCUGAAGCAUAUAUGCAGGAACAACAACAACGGCUUGAAGAGGAGAAAAAGGCCAUUUUGGGGGACCAAUCUUUAAUAGCUGAGGAAAAAGAAAAGCUGUUGUCUGAACUAAAGGAGAAUGAAUCUCGCUUAUUGAAAGAAAAGGAAGCUAGAGAUAUGUUGGCAUCUAAAAUCAAGGCAAUGGAGAGCAAGUUACUGAUGGGUGGCAAAAACAUUGUUGACCACACUAAUGAACAACAGAGAGCCUUAGAGCAACGAAGGUCAGAAAUUGCUGACCAGAAGCGUAAAGAAAGAGAGAUGCAACAAAAAUUGGAUCAAAAAGAAGAAACAGCUCUGGAAUUACAGGAGACCUAUGCAUCCCUGCAACAAGAGGUUGAAGUAAAAACAAAGAAAUUAAAAAAACUGUUUUCCAAGUUACAAUCCACAAAGCAGGAAAUCCAAGACCUACAGGAAGAACAUGUUAAGGAGAGACAGGAACUGGAGCAGACACAGAUGCAGCUGACGCGGGAACUAAAACUCAAGUUACUAAUCAUAGAAAAUUUCAUUCCGCAUGAGGAGAAGAAUAAAGUCAUGAACCGUGCCUAUUUUGAUGAAGAUGAGGACACUUGGAAACUGCAACCUCUUACUAAAUCCAACACACAGACAAUGGCUAAACGGCCAAUAUCAGCUGUUGGCAACCGGCGACCAGUAGCAGAAUAUGCCCGUCUUGGUUCUAUAACUGGAAACCCUCGAUUUAAGGGUGAAAACAUUCUACAAUUACAACUUGAUAUGCCAACAAGAACCACAUCUGAAUAUGAAGGCCCUGUGGUUGCGCCUAGAGUGCAGGCGGCAUUAGAUGCUGCACUAAAGAUGGAACAAGACAUAGACAUAAUUGAGAGUCCUGCAUUAAACAAGAUGAAAGCUAAGAAAAAAGAGAAAAUAUCAAAAGACAGUUCCCCCAAAUUCUUGAUGACAUUGGUCUUGUUGGCUUUUCUUAUGAUUCUCAUGUUCAUCAUGUGAUUCACCUCUUCAGGACACACAUAAAGACCAAAGACUGCUGGAGGAGCUAACAAUAACAAAAAAGGAUCUCAACUAUACCCUACAUCUAGAGGUCUUGUCCCCAAGUAGAUUCCCACAUUAACUGCAUUUGCCUGCAUUCCAGUGCCAUCUUAGCCUGCUGUUUGCUGCCCCUUUAAAAAACAGACUGUUUGACUGUUGUCCCCUUUCACACUGAUACUGCAGUGUAAAUCCUCUGUUUUUUGUUUCCUUUUGUUUGGUUUCUGUUUCUCCAGUCCCCCCCCCCCUAUUUAUUUUGUUUUCCUCAUAUUUAUACAUUUAUUUAUUUUUCAUUUUUCCGCCCAAAAUUCCGAGGAAUGAAAACUAAAGCAAGAAAAGUGACUAUCCAAUGCCCUGCGUACUCCUUCACAACAGCUCCCGCCCCCUUCUACUCCUUUCCUCCAUCCAUUACCAACCCCAACCUCAUAAUAAUGACUGGUUGCAAACGUCCUGUUUAUAAAACUCUUCUGGCUUGCUUUCUUCUCCUCCUGUGCCCUCCUCCCCGUAAAUUCUAUUUAUUGUUCCUAGUGUUGCUGUGCUAGAAUCCAUUGACAUUUCUCCCUUCAACAUAGCUUGCCCACAGCAGCAGCAGCAACAGCGGCGGCGGCAGCAGUCAAUGUAGCUGCUGCACCAAGUGUAGCUUGUAUAUAUAUUACACUUUAUUUAUGACUUAGAGCCUCCUCUGCUGUCCAUUUGUCUUCUAGUCUGGGUGCUGCAUUCUUUAUAUCAUAUUUAUGGCCUGCUACAAUGCUGCUGAAAAAAACUACCAGUAUAACUGUUUAUGUGUGUGCACGAGUGAUUGUAUGUGUGUGCAUAUAUGCAUAUUUUUGCAUUAUGUUCAUUUAAUCUAUUAUCAGCUGUAUGACAACUGCUUUGUAAAAUGCACAAAUAUAUAUAUAUAUAUGUAUAUAUAUAUAUAACCAUACCUAUGUGCAUGGACACCUGCCAUAGCCUGAUUCUAUCCGUCUCUCUCUCUCUCUUUCAUUGUCAAUUUAAUUUAAGAUAACAUGAAGCUUUAAAGAAUGUCAUGUUGCUUCUGUUCUUAGACAUGUCAGCACACAAGACAUGUUCUUCAAAUCACAUACACACAGACAAGCACACACAAUCCUAUAUAUAUGACAUAUAUAUAUUAUAUACAUACAAAUUUUCUUUUAUUUUACGUCCGUUUUUCCAUGCUAGCAUGGGUUAGGUGUGUG